UUCCUUUUGCUUGCAUAAAGCUCUGCCUCGCCGAGACGAAGAGGAGGAAUUGGAAGACUAAGAUGCUCGGAUCGGUUGCUCUCCGAUCUCCGCCGCUCCAUUCGUGUCCGGCCUUCGCGCUGGAGGUCGCCGGGCCCGACCUCUCGUCGCGGUCGUCGAGGCCGACCCCUAGAUCGACCGUCCUCUGCGACGCGCAGCGGAGCCACGCGUCCAUCCCCAAGCUCGAGCCUUUCAGCAGGAGCCGCAUCGAGCGGUGGCUCAAGGAUCCGCCUUUCUUGCAGAAGACCAAGAACGACCUCAGCGAUUACUGCACAACGCUCGAAGGUGAUGAUUGCCACAGCUGUUGGAGGGCCUAUUUUGAGCUGAAAGAUCUUGAAGAGAAAUUGCCAAAAGAAGAUGUGGAGAAGUUUGUAUGGCAGGCUGGUGGAAUCAAGUCGCUGAUCGGCUAUUUGCAUGGCCUCACAGCAAUGCUAAAUAACAAAGAAAAAGAAAUUCCACAAGCAAUGCUAAAUAAGAAAGAAAAAGAAAUUCCACAACCCAAACCGGUAACCUCAGUUACCGAAAGAGAGAGACCUUUUCCUGUUCCUGAUGGAUUGCCCCCGACGGCGGAAGAGCUUGAAGAAGCCGAAAAGGCCAGAAUGCCUGAUUCUCCUUUCACCAAACUACUCAGAAGCAAAGGGAGGCUUCCUGCUUGGUACACACAAGCCCCAGACCAUGAGACCGAUUGAUUUGUUUCUGGUAUCAGCAGCUGAAGUAUGGCACGUGUACAUGCUAGUUUAGUCAUGAUCGUUGUUGUUGAGCAGCCGAGUGUGGCUUCAUCACUCUAUCUCUGUUACGUUAAUAAUGAACAGGUAAUGAAGUUACAAGAAAAGCUUAUCUA